UUACAAUCAUUCUUUAAUAAUCCGACUGAUCACAUCUCAGGGGAAAUGUUGGGGCAGUGUGCCAGCUACAAUGUCCUUGUUGUUGGUGCCGGUGGAAUUGGUUGUGAACUUUUAAAAAACCUCAUUUAUAGUGGCUUUAGUAAAAUAUCUGUUAUUGACUUGGACACAAUAGACGUUAGCAAUUUAAACAGACAGUUCUUGUUUCGACGGAUACACGUCGGGAAAUCAAAAGCCGAAGUCGCCUGCGAGAGUGUCAAACAAUUUAAACCAGACGUUGACCUUAAAGCAUAUCAUGCUAGCAUUUUCAGCUCCAAAUUUGGACCGGAUUUUUUUGCGAAAUUCGAUAUUAUUUUUAAUGCGCUUGACAACCAAGCGGCCAGACGACACGUUAAUCGGAUGUGUGUUCAUGUUGGAAGACCAUUAAUUGAAUCCGGCACUUCGGGUUAUUUAGGCCAAGUUGAGCCACUUCUGUUCAUAAAAAAUGAAAAUAACGAUCCUGGGAAGCGCAAAGCUGCCUGCUUCGAAUGUCAACCUCGAGAAACCGAUAGACGCACCUACCCUACAUGUACCAUCAGGAAUACCCCUUCGGAGCCAGUGCAUUGUGUUGUUUGGGCGAAAUUCUUGUUCAACCAAUUAUUCGGCGAACUUGAUGUUGAGAGUGAAGACGUUUCGCCUGAUGUCAAUGACCCUGAAGCUGGAGGUACUGCUCCUGAAAAUAAUGAAAGUACUCCCACUGGAGGUAGCGGUGAAAAUUCGAGUCUGUGGGCUCGUGUAUCGGUCACUGCCGACUUUGAAACCAUUGAGGAGUCAUUGGCUUGGCGCCUCUUCAAUACCGACGUACUUACUUUGUUGACCAUGAAGAGUUUAUGGGAAAACCGACCUGAGCGGAAGGCUCCCACUCCACUUGACCGAGAGACGCUUAGUCUCGGCGUUAAAAAUCCGGGCCUUGAUUCGGAAGACAGUGGAACCGAGGUUUUGAGAGAUCAGCGGAAAUUGGACCUCCCUGGUUGGAUCAGUCUUUUCCUCUCUAGCUGUCGCACUCUUCGUAGUCGAGCCGGCAUUUCAGAAGCCAACAGCAACUACAAACCGAUCACUUGGGACAAGGAUGACACAGAGGCCAUGGACUUUGUUGCUGCUGCUUCGAUUAUCCGCGCGAUGCUUUUCCACGUCCCCGGCUGUGCCGAUCAGACGCGUUUCACGAUCAAAUCUCUCGCCGGUAAUAUCAUCCCGUCUAUCGCCACCACCAACGCCAUCAUCGCCGGCGCCAUGGUGCUUCAAGGUCUCAACGUACUGCACAACCGCAUAGAUGCCGUCCGCUGUGUGUAUCUUCACCGUCACCCGACCGCCACGGGACGCUUUCUCGCCCCCUGUCGCCCAAUCCCCCCAAACCCCCACUGUCUUGUGUGCGCAGGCGGCCCAAAGCGUGAGCUGCGUCUCAUUUGCGAGCCGCACGAUAUGCAGCUGAGUCAACUACGCGACGAGGUGCUCAUCAAGUGGUUGGGUAUGCUCGCCCCCGACGUGGAAAUCGACGGCAGGGGUGUCAUCCUCAUCUCCUCCGAUGAAGACGAAACUAAGGACAUCGAGCACAAGACCCUGGCGGACUUCAAUUUGACCGGAGAAGGCUCGGCGCAGCAUCGACUGCGCUGCGAUGACUUCCGCCAGAACAUGACCUUCUACCUGCGGAUUUUUGCAGGUACCUUCGACAGACGUCAUGCCCUCAACACGUGGACCAUUGAUGGCGAACAUGAGCUCAUCAAGGACAUGUCGGAGGGUGCUGUGUCCCUUUCAGGCGAGGCGUCGACUUCCACGGUACUGGCGACCGGUUCCAAGCGUCGGCACGACGACGACGACGUCGUCCUCGAUGACCACGACGACAACGAGGACGACGUCGUCUUCGAGCUGGAGCGACCCUCGAAAAUGCCCAGAGUAGACGAUGUGCAGGCUGUGUAUCCGCUUUUAUAUCUCAAUAAAUUUGCCUUUUUCCUCUCCUCUCCUUUCUCGGCUUUCAACUCCAUGUCGUCCAACGCGGCGGAAUUCGCAACGCACGUACUGGAUUGCCUCCAAAAACUCCCACCGUCCGAGCCGCUCUCUCUUGCACCCGCAACUGCGACUUCCACGGGCCUUCAAGGUCGUCAGAAGGCGACCUCUCAGCCACUCGAAAGUCCAACGGACACCAACCCUCUUCCCCCCAUCUACGGCCAACCGGUCUCAGAAGAGUGGAUAGAAGCGCACGAAAAGUUGACGCAGGAGGUGGCGUCGCUGCGCGACGAAGUGCUCCUCUUGUAUCCCGAUGGCGUCCCCUCGACCACCACCACCAACCACGACGACGGCACCGCCUCGGCUGAGGCGGACAGUCUUGCUUCCGACAUCCUGUCCCUCCGCAGGGGUGUCAAAUGCCUGCGCCAGUUCUCCGAUCUUCUGACUCGCAUCACGGAGAGCACUGACUGCGUGUCUGAGGUGUCCGAGAAAUUGGCUACUCUGACCACAGCUCCCCCUCAGGACGACAAUCAGCCAGUCAUUGAACCUCCCUUGAAGAUCAUUGAUGAAAUAUCACGCAACCUGGCGGCGUUUCAGCGGUCCGACUAGAUGGGGGUCGAACAAUUUACCCUUGCUAUCCUCAAACCCGACGUCCAGCGAAUACACGCCUUUCGAAAACAUGCCGAACGGAUGAUGUCGGCGGUGGGCUUGAGGACGUUGGCGUAUCGUGAGAUUCGCAUGUCGCGCCAGCGCGCUGAAGAGUUCUACGCUGCGCAUAGAGAUGGAUUUGAGUCGGCAAAGGAGGAAAUCAAUUUCUUUUUUCCAGAUUUUGCCGUAAUUACUAACAGUAAUCUGUAA